GUGGCGGGGCGGGCCGUGAAGGCCGCGAGUCGCUGCGAUCUUCUUUACGCUUUGGAGCAGAUCACGGCGUGGUCACCAUGUCCCUGGCGGCCUCGGGGGGCCGUGGCCCUGGGGCCGUGUGGUCCCCAACACACGUGCAGGUGACGGUGCUGCAGGCACGGGGUUUGCGGGCCAAGGGCCCCGGCGGCACGAGCGAUGCGUACGCCGUGAUCCAGGUGGGCAAGGAGAAGUACGCCACCUCGGUGUCCGAGCGCAGCCUGGGUGCGCCGGUGUGGCGGGAGGAAGCCACCUUCGAGCUGCCGCCUCUGCUGUCCGCCGGGGCCGCGCCCGCCACCGCUGCCACCCUGCAGCUCACCGUGCUGCACCGAGCGCUGCUUGGCCUCGACAAGUUCCUGGGCCGCGCGGAGGUGGACCUGCGAGAGCUGCACCGGGACCAGGGCCGCAGGAAGACCCAGUGGUACACCUUGAAAUCCAAACCAGGAAAGAAGGAUAAAGAGCGAGGAGAAAUUGAGGUUGACAUUCAAUUUAUGAGAAACAACAUGACUGCUAGCAUGUUUGACCUUUCCAUGAAAGACAAAUCUAGGAAUCCGUUUGGGAAGCUGAAGGACAAGUUCAAGGGGAAGCAUAAGGACAGUGCAUCAGAUACUGCUUCAGCCAUUGUCCCCAGCAUGACACCCUCAGCUGACAGUGAUGAUGAAUCUUCUUCAAAAGACAAGAAAAAGAAGUCAAAGCUUAAGACCUUGUUUUCCAAGUCUAAUUUGCAGAAAACACCACUUUCCCAAUCCAUGUCUGUCCUGCCGACUUCAAAGUCAGACAAAGUUCUGCUUCGUCCCGGAGACUUUCCAUCACGGUGGGAGGAUGACGACGAAGAUGAAUCCUCCUCUGCCUUCGACAUCAUGUCUCACAAGAGAACAGUAAGUGCAGAUCCUAAGCAGCAGAACCAGAUCAACUUCAGCCUUCCCAAGAAGGAAGGUCUCUCCUUUCUCGGCGGCCUUCGGUCUAAGAAUGACUCCCUUUCGCGCUCUAAUGUCUGUAUCAACGGGAACCAUGUUUACAUGGAGCAGCCAGAAGGCAAGAGUGAGACCAAGGACAGCACCCCUUCUUCGUCGCCGUCCCCCCAGGGCUUCAGGAAGAAGCAUUUAUUCUCAUCUACAGAAAACCUGACUCCUCGGUCUUGGAAGGAGCCUGGGGAAGGAGGUGCAGUGUCUUCUGACAGGCAGCUCUCUGAGUCUUCCACAAAGAACUCUGCCAAAUCCAUGUCUCUGCCGCCCUCCUGGCCACCAGUCAGUGGGGACAUUAGGGAAAACACAGCUCCAGUGAAAUUGGAGGCUGUGAAAGAAACCAAAGAGAGCAAGAAGCAUGAAAACAAGAAGUCCUCUUUGCUUUCUCUGGUGACAGGAAAGAAGGAUGUGGCGAAGGGCAGUGAAGGCGAAAGCUCUGCUGUCAGCCCGGGGAAGGAGAAGGAAGGCAUGCUUAGCGAGGUUGGGCAGGGGUCUAUGGAAGACCCUGUGAAAAGAUCUGAGAAGGAUACCACAGCCGUUGUCUCUGGACGAGGUAAAGCCUCUGUCCUCUUCGAAGAAGUGCAGAUCGCAGAACCAGAAGCUGACCCAAAGCCCAAGCCUGAACCAACACCUCCUGUUCCCUCUGCAAGGGCUCCCCAGACCAAAGCCGUUAAACCUCGACUGGAAGUGUCUCCAGAGGUCCAACCCACAGCCAGGCUUCCUCCUUCUCCUUCCCCUGACUCACCUGUCUUUUUUUCUGUUCUUCCUUCCAGUUCUGGUCAGACACCUGUCCCUUCUCAAUUGGGGCAUGAGUCAGAAACACAGUCCUCAGAAUCUCCUUCUGUCUUCUCCUCUUUCUCAUCUCCCAUAGCAGCUCCCAUUUCCACCUCCACUCCUGUUAAAAGCUGGCCUUCCAUCGACCAGGACCAGGCUGGUUCUGAAGAGCCAUCUUUGCUCAUUAAAGUAGACUUGCCAAAGGAGAGUUUAACACAAGUUCCAAAUGUUGUUUCUUGUGCCUUGGGAUCACUUUCCAAACAGACCCCCAUUCCAGCGUGUAAAGCGAUGGAAGAUUCUCCAGUGGGGACAACCAGUGAGAUAGACACAGAGAAGAAUACAAGUGGUGAUAACUCAGAAACAUCUCUCCUGAAGCAGCCUGAUAUGGGGCAACAGGAAGAGGAACUUCUGAAGUUUCCCACUAAAAAACAAGACUAUGUCCCUUCACCUGAAGGGACCCAAGAUGUAACAUUGGCCCUUUCAGUGAGAAGGAGCAGGUUGGAAAACCCAGCACGGAAGCCUCCGAUAGGGGUAAACACAGACUUGGACAGUCAGUCUGGGUCUUUUGAGGAGAACAAAGUUAGGGUUGGCGGAAUGACUUCUGCAGUUAAACAAGUGGUACCUCCUCUUCACGUGGGAGAAUCAGUCCCCCCACUUGACUCUGUGAUGCGGAGACAUGAAGAGAUGGGUUUGAAUGUCAGUGAGGGCAGAAAGAAAAUCAUGAAGCAUGUGUCAUUUUCUGAGCAGCUCUUUGUGGAAGAGGAGGUGGAGAAGUCCACUGGACUGGUUGAAAAGGACAAAAGUCAGCCCCAGGAGCGGAGGCAGGAAGGGGCUGCCGCUGGCAGUGUGUGUGACAGAGAGUCUGCUGAGUCUUCCCACGCAGAAGACUCUGAGAGGGAAGUUGUGACUGAACCCAGGCCGCUGAAUUCUGGUGUACCAGCUGCCAUGGUGGAUCACCUUCCUCUCCCCUCUCCUGAGGAGAGUGUCUCAGAAGGCCCAGCGAGUGAAGCAAGCUCAGGGAAAGGCAUUCCACUUUUCAGGACUGAGGGAGACGAUACACUUAUGGCUCAAAAUCAGAGCAAAGCCAAUGACCAUGAAGGUCUAUUGUCUGAUCCUCUGAGUGACCUUCAGUCUGCCCCAGAUGUUAAAUCUCCAGUCAUGGCUGAGCUGACCCUUCCUUCCAUUCCUGAAGUCGCGUCGGAUGAUGAAAGAGUAGAUGAGGUUGAAGAUGACAGAGAGAGAGCAAAGGUGGCAACUCUGGAAGUAGGAGCUUCUUCCUUGAGCACGUUACCUGCCCAUCCUGAAAAGGAAAAGGUGCCGAGUGGCGAGACACAUGGUUUGGCAGUGCUCGCAGAGAGCCUGCAUGACCUCAGGUCAGAAGCACCCGAAGGGUCUCUUAGGGCCUCUUCAGAGCAGACUACAGCUUUAGGAAUUCACAAACCAUAUCUUGGCAAGAGCUCACACUUGGAUAAACAGCUGCCAGGUCCUGGCGAUGGUGAGGAGGAAAAACUGGUGGGAGAUGGGAGGCCAAGUCAGCCUCCUGACGUGGCCCUGGAUUCUCCUAUCUCCAGCCCCUCCUUUUCUGAGACCUUUCCUGCCACACACUCUUUCCUCAGCUAUCCACACUCUGACACUCACCACACCAGUACAGCAGAAUCUCAAAAAAAAGCAACAGCAGAGGGCCUCCCUGGUAAAGUGGAAAAUUCUGGCAAGAGGAAGCCGCUUCUUCAGGCCUGGGUCUCACCCUCGGAGACACAUCCAGUCUCAGCUGGAACUGGGUCAGCCAAGCACAGACUUCAUCCUGUGAAGCCAAUGAACACAACAGCCACCAAGGUUGCCAACUCCAGCUUGGGGGCUGCCACUAUCAUCAGUGAGAACUUGAUCAAUGAAGCCAUCAUGAAGAAAUACAACCCCUCGGACCCUGCGUUUGCUUAUGCACAGCUAACCCACGAUGAGCUGAUCCAGUUGGUCCUCAAACAGAAGGAGACAAUAAGCAAGAAGGAGUUCCAGGUCCGCGAGCUGGAAGACUACAUAGACAAUCUGCUCGUCAGGGUCAUGGAAGAAACACCCAACAUCCUCCGAGUUCCAGCUCAGGUCGGCAGAAAAGCAGGAAAGAUGUGACUGGCCAGCUCACGACACUGAAAUGUUUCUGUGAGUUUGUUUCCACCUCCUCCUGAGGUCACGGACUUCGUAUGCCUGAGAACCGGCGUACAGGCUCCAAGGCACCAUCGCCCUUGCAUGUUAUCUGGCAGGACUCAGUUCUACCAAUUGAAGCCAGGUUAAUUAUUACAAUGAAUCUUUUACUGUACGUUCCCAGGGUUUUGUUUUUAAAUGCCACUGUGCCUUUAACUAUGUUGUAAAUAUUUUAUGCCCGGACCAAAGACACGGUCAUAAGAUCUAAUCCUGGCCCAGAGAUUCAGAUGGCUCCAGGGUGUUAAUGUAUUUUAACACGGGGGUUUUCUUUCUUUGAUAUUGAGAUUCUAAAAUACGCAUCUCCCAGUCAUUAAUCUUGGGCUGAAAUGAGAAGGACCGUGCAGUUGGUGCUGUGUUACACACACUUUUGGCGUUCGAAUCAGGCAUGGCUUUCUGGAUGUUAGAUGCUAAAUUUUGAUACCACGUCAACGUCCUGAGCUUAGACUUGGUCUUGGUGUUUUGACUGGAGCAGAGGAGUUGAAGAAAAGCCUCUGAGUGUGCCUUUUAAGUUUUGAACAAGCUGCCUUUCUAAACAUCAGCUUCCACUACUCUCUAGCCUUAAAAUGUGCUCUGUGUAGAUCCACAGGGCUCUUGUAUGGAGAUAUGAGAAGUAGCACAGGGGAACGGGUUGGGGGGGAGGUAGUCAAAGUCCAUUCUCUCAUGAUAACAGGGUUCCUGCUGGCCAGAAUGGCCCAGUCAGUGCUUCGAUGGUUCCACCAGGUGUGGAAUGAUUUCGGUACGAUUCCAGUGGCCUUUACCCCCGGGUCUUGGCUUGGCUCCCUGGUUUCCUUGUCAGCACUUCCUAUAAAAUUGUGAAGAGCAAGAUGAUCCUUAUUUUUGGAUUGCUGUAUUUUUAAAACUAGAUCAAUACACAUAUUUUUUAAAACUAGGACACUUGCCCCCUUCUUAACUAAUGGCACCAGUUCAGAUUCUUCAGGUAAUUUCAUUGUUGGUAACCUAAUACUGGAAUUAUUAUUACUAUUAUUCUUUUUAAUUUUUUUUAUUUUUUAAGGAGGGCACCGCUCACAGUGGCCCAUGUGGGGAUCGAACCAGCAAUGUUGGUGCUAUUAGCUCCAUGCUCUAACCAACUGAGCUCACCAGCCACCCCGAAUACUGGAAUUAAAAUGUUUCCAUGUUACUCAUUUUUUCUGCCGGUUGUGACAGAAUGUCAUCAGAUCUUGACUUUUUCCUGGGGGAGGAACAUCACAGGCCAGAGGGGUGGGAAGGGAUGGCAAUCCUAGCAGUUAUUAAAUUGGGAAUCUCUUUCUAUGUAUGUUCUUGUUAUAUUGAGGUUAAGAGGCAAGAUUGUUGGUGGCAGAAUUCCUUUUCAGGAUCACGUUUGCUGCGACCUUAGUUGUAUCGGAGCACUUUAAUCUUAAGGAUGAUACUGUAACUUGAUUUAUCUAAUUAGCCUUUAAUUAUCUAAGCUAUUUUAUUUAAUACUCUCCCACAGUACUGAGGACCACUGUAAACUUCUCCGAUGACUUGUGUUUUUGUAGUGCUAUGAAAUCUAUUAACAUACCUACAAAGAGAACUGCAUAGUCACUUGAACUCUGAAAAUGUAUAUAUUUGUUCUGCAACAUGUUUUUUACUUGAUAUAAAUGUAUUUUGACUGUGAUAACCCAAGUGCACUGGGGGCAGAUGUGCUCUGAAUGGUUUCUCCUUUGAAGAGCGGAUGUGGAGACCUGCACUAUACACGGGAAGUGGUUGGUUUGGAGAUAUCUGUUGCUAGGACCUUGGGGAUAGCCGUACCUUGGUCAGUGUUUGAGAGGGACAUGUGGGUGGAGGAGUGAAUUCCUGUGCUCUGAAAUGCCACUUGGGAACUCUGGAGAAUGAAGGACAAUUUACUUCUAGGGUGUCUGGCUUCUACCACUGCUAGAAAAAAAAUUCAAUUUAUAGCAUUCCUGUAUUUCUCAAAGUAGAUAACCUGAAGGUCAUUAAUUAACAACUGUCCUUGAGGACUCUACUUUGAGGGAGAAUUUAUCCAGGAAAAGCUUUAGCCUGCCCUGAGCCGUUAGCUGGGGUUGGUGAGUUGGAGUGCUGGACUCCUAUAACUGGGGUAUGUCUGAGGGCAUACGCCCAUCUACACAAGGUGAACUGGGCCUCGCCUCUGGCUGCUGUGAAUGCUCACUGAACUGAUGGGCCCUGGGAGGAGGCUGAGCUCUGGAGAAGCAGGAGCAGCUCUCUUCUUGGCCUUGCUUGGCAGCCUCCAGAAAGAGCAGUCAGGACUUGAAGCAUCAGAUUAAAUACCAGACACCUUGCUGUGAACUUCAAUUGGAGGUCAGCUCCCUGAAAAAACAUCAAUUAUUUGCCUGGUUGUUUCAUAUCAUCUCAUUCCUUGGACUUUGACAGGUGUCCUGCCCUCUCCUUUUAUUCCUGUUAAUUUCAUGAGGGUGGCAGAAUGGAGGUGCAAGAAAGUCUGCCCUUCGCCAUGCAGAACAGCUGAUGACCUGAGUGGAGAGGUGUGUGCGUGCGUGCAUGAAUGGAAUACAUGUGUGUGGUUCCAGCUUUGCUAACAGUGCGAGCUCAAAAGGGCAUAGCAGAAGGAAGGUCCCUGCCACUCAGCCACAUGCUGU